AUGAAUGUCGAGCCAUACCAACUAACAGCCACGGAAGUGCUACACAAGAUCAAGGCUGGUGAACUGAGAGUAGAGGCAUAUGCGCGAUCGUUGCUUGCACGAAUCGAUGCUCGAGAUGAGGCCGUCCAAGCAUGGGCAUAUCUUGACCCGGAUUAUGUGAUCAAACAGGCGAAAGCUCUGGAUCAAGUUCCUUUAUCUGAACGUGGUCCCUUGCACGGCGUGGCUAUAGCUGUCAAAGAUGUCAUCUAUACAAAGGACAUGCCGACACAGUUUAAUUCGCCCAUCUAUGCCAAAGACGCUGCCCAAGUAGACGCCGGCUCUGUUGCCAUACUGCGAAAGUCUGGCGCUCUCAUUCUCGGAAAGACGACCACUACUGAAUUUGCUGCAACUACUGUUGGACCCAAAACCCGCAACCCGCACAAUCCAAAUCGUACUCCUGGCGGCUCCUCUUCAGGUUCUGGCGCAGCUGUAGGAGACCUGCAGGCUCCCAUUGGUCUGGGUACGCAGACAGGCGGCAGCACGAUCCGACCUGGCUCUUACAAUGGUAUUUACGCUUUGAAACCAACUUGGAACUCGAUCACUCGCGAAGGUCAGAAGAUUUACUCACUGAUUCUCGAUACACUCGGACUCUAUGCUCGCAGUGUUGCGGACCUCGAUCUUCUUGCCGACGUCUUUGCCUUAGCAGAUGACGAACCAGCCCCUUCGAACUUCCGUGUCGAAGGCGCAAAAUUCGCUGUACUAAGGACCAUGGUUUGGCCACAAAUAGGCUCAGGAGGCGCUGCUGCGAUGGAAAAGGCUGUGUCCCUGCUGCGUGCUCAAGGUGCAGAGGUUGAAGAGAUUGAGUUUCCUGAGCAUCUCAAGGACCUUCCUUCUUGGCACGCCACGGUGCUCAACUCUGAUGGCCGCACAGCGUUCUUGCCAGAAUAUACCACGACGAAGCACAAUUUAUCAGAAUACCUAGUGGGUCAUGUCGAGAACAAUACAAAGAUCUCACGCAAGGCGCAAUUAGAUGCAUUCGACAGUAUUGCGGCUGCGAGACCAGUUGUGGAUAACAUACUCAGUAAGUAUGCAGCAGUACUGACUCCUAGCGUGCCUGAUGAGGCGCCACUGGGAAUUGAGAAGACGGGCAGUGCAGCCUUCUGCUUGAUCUGGACAGCAUUGCACACACCAGUCGUUAACAUUCCAGGUUUCAAAGGCGAUAAUGGCAUGCCGAUUGGUGUUUCUCUUGUUGCUCCUCGUUACCAUGAUAGGCAUUUGCUGGCUGUCAGUAAGGCAGUCGGUAAUAUUUUCGAGGUACAGGGCGGCUGGAAAUAG